GAGCUGCAGGACUUUAGAAAUGAUCCACAGUGAAGACAAACCGUUCAUGAGGGCUUUUAUUCAGUCCUGUAAUGUUGUGCCUCCACGCCGGGCUUUUAUUGUGAAGGUCCGUCCCGGAUGUGUGCGUGUAUGUGUCAGCGUGUUGUUUCCUGCAGUAGCUGAAGGUCACAGCGGGAGCAUCUCCAUCCUCAGCAUCAUCAGCACCAGUCACUGAUCGAUCCUCUGAUCAGGUUAUUGAUCAGCUGCAGCGCUACGUCACACAGACAGACAGACGGCCUGUGUCACCGCCGCCUGUCUGACGGACUGAGCUCCAGCAGCCUCCGCCUGUCUCUCCUCUGCCCGCCUGUCGGCCUCCGCCUUCUUGCCUGUCCGUCAUGGGGAACCGGGGGAUGGAGGACCUGAUCCCGCUGGUGAACCGGCUCCAGGACGCCUUCAGCGCCAUCGGACAGAACGCCAGCCUCGACCUGCCGCAGAUCGCGGUGGUGGGCGGGCAGAGUGCCGGGAAGAGCUCGGUGCUGGAGAACUUCGUGGGCAAAGACUUCCUGCCUCGGGGAUCCGGCAUCGUCACUCGGCGCCCCCUGGUGCUGCAGCUCAUCAACUGUCCCACAGAGUACGCAGAGUUCCUGCACUGUAAAGGGAAGAAGUUCACAGACUUUGAUGAAGUUCGUCAGGAGAUUGAAGCUGAAACAGACCGGGUGACGGGACAGAACAAAGGAAUCAGUCCGGUUCCCAUCAACCUCAGAGUGUAUUCUCCCAACGUCCUGAACCUGACUCUGGUGGAUCUUCCCGGGAUGACGAAGGUUCCUGUGGGGGACCAGCCGGCCGACAUCGAGCACCAGAUCAGGGAUAUGCUCAUGCAGUUUGUCACCAAAGACAACUGCCUCCUAUUGGCUGUUUCUCCAGCCAACUCUGACCUCGCCAACUCUGAUGCUCUGAAGAUCGCCAAAGAGGUGGACCCACAAGGUCUGAGGACCAUUGGUGUGAUCACCAAACUGGAUCUGAUGGAUGAAGGAACCGACGCCAGAGACAUCCUGGAGAACAAACUGCUGCCGCUCCGCAGGGGUUACAUCGGGGUGGUGAACCGCAGUCAGAAGGACAUCGAUGGGAAGAAAGACAUCACAGCAGCUCUGCAGGCUGAGAGGAAGUUCUUCCUGUCACACCCGUCGUACCGUCACCUGGUCGACCGCAUGGGCACCGCCUACCUGCAGAAGACCCUCAACCAGCAACUGACCAACCACAUCCGGGACACGCUGCCGGCGCUACGAAGCAAACUGCAGAGUCAGCUGCUGUCCAUCGAGAAGGAGGUGGAGGAGUACAAGAACUUCAGACCCGACGACCCCAGCCGCAAGACCAAGGCCCUACUGCAGAUGGUGCAGCAGUUUGCCGUGGACUUUGAGAAGCGUAUUGAGGGAUCAGGUGAUCAGGUCGACACCUACGAACUCUCAGGUGGAGCAAAGAUCAACCGUAUCUUCCAUGAACGCUUCCCAUUUGAGUUGGUCAAGCUGGAGAGCGAUGAGAAGACGCUUCGUAAAGAGAUCAGCUACGCUAUCAAAAACAUCCACGGAAUCAGGACUGGGCUGUUCACACCUGACAUGGCAUUUGAGACGAUCGUGAAGCGUCUGAUUGCUCAGAUCAAAGAACCGUGUCAGAAAUGUGUGGACCUGGUGAUCAAUGAGCUGGUCAACACCGUCAGGCAGUGUACGCAGAAGCUGGCUCAGUAUCCGAUGCUCAGAGAGGAGAUGGAGAGAAUCGUGACUCAGCACAUUAGAGACCGAGAAAGUGUCACCAAAACCCAGGUGAUCUUGCUGAUUGACAUUGAGUUGGCCUACAUGAACACAAACCAUGAAGACUUCAUCGGCUUCGCAAAUGCUCAGCAGAAGAGCAGUCAGAUGAGCAAGAAGAAGGCAGCAGGAAACCAGGAUGAGAUCAUGGUGAUCCGUAAAGGCUGGCUCACCAUCAACAACAUCAGCAUCAUGAAGGGCGGAGCCAAAGAGUACUGGUUCGUCCUGACAGCAGAGACACUGUCCUGGUACAAAGACGACGAGGAGAAGGAGAAGAAGUACAUGCUGCCUGUGGACAACCUGAAGCUGAAGGACAUUGAGAAGAGCUUCAUGUCCAGCAAACACAUCUUCGCCCUGUUCAACACCGAACACCGGAACGUGUACAAAGACUACCGUCAGCUGGAGUUAGCCAGUGAGUCUCAGGAGGAGGUGGACAGCUGGAAGGCUUCUUUCCUACGAGCUGGAGUGUACCCUGAACGCACCGUGGACAAAGAGAAGGUGGAGUCGGAGGAGUCCAGUGGGGACGGACAGAUCCACAGUCUGGACCCUCAGCUGGAGCGGCAGGUGGAGAUCGUCAGGAACCUGGUGGACUCCUACCUGUCAAUCAUCCACAGGACGGUCCGGGACCUGAUCCCCAAAACCGUCAUGCACCUGAUGGUCAACAACACUAAGGAGUUCAUUCAUGCCGAGCUGCUGGCUCAGCUGUACUCCUGUGGAGACCAGAACACCCUGAUGGAGGAGUCCCAGGAACAGGCCCAACACCGUGAUGAGAUGCUCCGGAUGUACCACGCCCUGAGGGAGGGGCUCAGCAUCAUCGGUGACAUCAGCACGUCCACCGUCACCACGGCGAUGCCUCCGCCAGUCGACGACUCGUGGCUGCAGGUGACGGGGAUGCCGUCGGGUCGCAGGUCCCCCAUGUCCAGCCCGACCCCGCAGCGCCGGGCCCCUCCUGGACCGCCUCGACCCGGCGGACGGGCGGCUCCGGGGCCUCCGGGUCGACCCGCCGUGUCGCCUGAUCCGGGACCGCCGUCGGUGCCGUCCAGACCCAACAGAGCGCCCCCUCCUGGAGUCCCCAGUCGUCCCAGUAAAGGUAGCCCCGCCCACGGAGAGAGUCCCCAGUCUUCUAUUGAGGGCUAGACCCAGUGUUUGUGUCUGCAGAACCGUUCUACUGUUCUCUACUGAGCUGUUCUACGUUCUCUACUGAGCUGUGUUACUGUGAACCUUACUAGUAAUAAUAAUAUUGAUGAGCACAUUAUGACUAUAUAGCCAACGAUCAGCAAACUCCUUCUGCAAUACUGACUGUAAAUACUGUCUGUCUGCUGUCGGGAGGUGAGACAGGUGCCUGUCUGUCUGCCUCCUCCUGUGACGUUCCAUCAGCUGUAGAACAUUCUGCUGUGGAGGUGAAGACGUCUCUCUGACCCAGAGGUUCAGCUUCCAUCAGCUCCUGGGAUUAAAUCACUCUGUUGCAUUUUAUUGUUUUUGUUUUUGUGGAACCCAGAUGUUCUGUUUGAAGCACCGACAGAAGUUUUCUUUACAGUGUAAAGUUUAAAUAUGGUUUUAACUGAAGUAUUUAUUCAUCUAUUUAUGGAUUUAUUUGUGUUCUUCAGAUGGAAACGGUUUACAACCUGAUAGAUGUGAAAUCAACUGAAUCUACUGUGUUCUAGAUUUGGGAACAUUAAAUCCCAGAUGCUGUUCUGUUCUACUGACAUCUGGUUAGAACCUCGUCCAACUGGUUCUAGCUGCUUCCAAUUUCUUCUUGUUUCUUUCAACCAGUGCAGCUGGUUCUGUGUUGUUCCAACUGACACCACCUGGUUCUCAAUGACUCACUGGUUCUAACUGGUUUUAUUUGGUUCCACUGUGCUUCAAAUGGUUCCACUUGGUUGUGAUGUGCCUCAAAUGAUACGUACUGUGAAGCACUUCAGACUGGUUCCAGUUGUUCUCAGUUGAUACAACACGCUCUGUCUGGAUUCAAACUGGUUCCAGAACACUGCAGCUGGUUCUGACUGGUUCCAGCUGGUUCUGACUGGUUCCAGCUGGUUCUGACUGGCUCUAAAUUAUUCUGGUAGGUACUAAGUAGCUCCAGCUCAUCCCAGAUAGCUCUACUGGUUCCAGUGGUUUUCACUGGACUCUAUUAAGUUCUAACUGGUUCCAGUCAAUUCUAACCGGUUCCAGUCAGUUCUAACUGGUUCCAUUUGUUGUGGUUGGAAGCAUCCAGCAGUAAACGAGGUUCUAAAUCAUGUUUAUUGCUGUUGUCAUGGGACUUGUGGUUCUUCUGAUGUUUCAGUUCUAAAUGUUUGAUGAACUCGUUUCUCAAAGUGUUAUUUCAGCUGCUGAUGAUGAACCUGAUCAAUGCGUCAGAUCAAUGAACCGGAUCAAUGAACCGGAUCGAUGAAUCAGAUCGAUGAAUCAGAUCAAUGAACCGGAUCAAUGAAUCAGAUCAAUGAACCGGAUCAAUGAAUCAGAUCAAUGAACCGGAUCAAUGAAUCAGAUCAAUGAACCGGAUCAAUGAAUCAGAUCAAUGAACCGGAUCAAUGAACUGGAUCAAUGAAUCAGAUCAAUGAACCGGAUCAAUGAAUCAGAUUAAUGAAUCAGAUCAAUGAAUCAGAUCAAUGAACCGGAUCAAUGAAUCAGAUUAAUGAACCGGAUCGAUGAAUCAGAUCAAUGAAUCAGAUCGAUGAAUCCAGGAGAUAAAAACUUGGUAGCGAGAUUAAAGUGAAGGCAAGCAUUGCAUCCAGUCAGCUGUAUCGAUCAGUAUUGAUUAGUGUUGAUCGGUAUUGAUCAGUAUUGAUUGGUGUUGAUCGGUAUUGAUCCAGCUGUACUGAUCGGUAUUGAUCAGUAUUGAUUGGUGUUGAUUGAUAUUGAUCAGUAUUGACUGGUGUUGAUCGGUAUUGAUCCAGCUGUAUUGAUCGGUAUUGAUCCAGCUGUAUUGAUCGGUAUUGAUCCAGCUGUAUUGAUCCUGACUUUGCGAGGUGUCCUGAAUCAGACUGUAUGAAGAGAACCUGCUGAUCUAUCUGUGUUUGUGUACCGUUGCCGUGGUGAUUGUGUAGUCAAGCUGCGUUCAGCUGCUUCCGUGUUUUAGCCGUGACGUCCCGUGUUCCAGUGUCAGCAUGCUCACUCAGCUCUCCAGUGUUGUAUGAUGGUGAAGUUAGAUAUAAUCUGUUUACAUGAAUAUAGAUCAUCUGUUAACUGAAGUAUGCAGCGGCCCACACUCCAGUGUGUGUGUGUGUGUGUGUGUGUGUGUGUGUGUGUGUGUGUGUGUGUGUGUGUGUGUGUGUGUGUGUGUGUGUGUGUGUAUCUUAGCGUCAUGUGAUCGGGCUGACAGAAGUGUCAACACCAAUAAAGAUUGUGUGAAUGAA